CCGGCUGAAAAUGGAAAACGUCGGCCUACCGGUGAAAAGGAUGUACCUGCCAGUUGAAGUCGAAUCAUUGCACGGUCAGCCAAACUCUGUUUGCCCUUUGUCUUCUGAAAUUUAGGUUACCUGCUGCUGGAAACUUGCAUCCCAACUAAACUCUUCUUCCUCUUCCUCGUCUCAUCUUCUUUGAGGUCGGAAUCGCGUGACAAACUUAUUCUUUAUACUCUUCCAUCUCUUCCACACUUGUUCUUUAUGCUCUCCAUCAUCAUCAUCCUCCUCCUCCUCCUGCUCCUCCUCCUCUUCCUCUGCCUCCUCCUCUAUCUAUACGGUCAUGGUGUCGUCGUCUAACACCAUGGACGAGAUGGAGAAGCCAGAGGAGUCGAAGUUUAUCUGCCAAACCUGCAAGGCCUCGUUCGAUGACAAGCAGACGAUGAUCAAUCACUGGAAGACGGAGUAUGCGAAGGGAAACAGACACUACUUCUGCGAGAAAUGUAUGAUGAUGUUCCGCACCGAGGGUGCUGCCGAGAUGCACUACAAGCAGUUCCAUCAGAUUGACCAGAAAAUGGGUUGCCCCGGUUGCAAAGCCACCUUUGUUCGCAUGAGCGGCUUCGUGGAUCACAUCGAAAAGAACCGAUGCAACACAAUCUCCAAUGAGAGAUUCCACGAGGAGCGAGAGAAAGCCUUGAGAUUUGCCCGCCAGCUUCAGAUGGUGCCUGGUCAACAUGAGAACAAGGUUGCCAUUUUCACCGCUUGGAGCGGCAGUAACAAGGGUCCUGCCCAUUACACCCAGUAUCUUUCCACAACGGAGGACGAGACCGCGGGCGACACCCUCUCCUCUCUCCGUCCUCUGGUUGACAGCAGCCACAAGCCGGAUCCCGUCGCCUUCCAGAUGAUGUCGUUUGGUCAGAAGGGCGAUUUGCUGACUGGGCCGGGGAGCGACCAUUCGGAACAGUCAAGUGAGGCUGGGGACAUGAGGGUGCUCUUCCCGAGCUACACUGGUCCUGCCACCACCCCCGCUGUUGCUCCUGCGCGUCCCGCCCCCGCGCAAGCUCAAGGUUGGCGAGAGCCUGAGAAGAGACCGGUCUACGACAGACACGAUCCUCGCAACCCCAAUUGGAACCCCAAACAGUACUAUAACCAGUAUACCAGAAAGUACGGGUGUCCUAGGGACAGGUGCAUGUAUGACUCGUCAAAACGGCCCAAUUUAAUAAGCUUAUGUAGUGACGCUUUGUCUAGCAAGUCGUUCCCCACCAGCAAUGGUCUCCGAAACCACAUUCUAACACAUCCGACCACUGGUUUCAAAGUGCAGUGCCCAGUGUGUUCCAAAUGGUUUGACACAAACGCAGCACUGGCCCAGCACGCUGAGUCCGAGGGUAGCAAGUGCAAGAUCCGCAAGUCGGAAGACUACGCCCGCUUUAUGGGCCAGUUUACGGCUGGUAUGGUGGAUACAAAGUUGGGGUCGGCGGGUAUGACUGUGUAUACUGUGUCUGCCCAGGCCAAGAAGACCUUCGGUAACAAGAAGGAUGAUGAGGAGGAUAAGGGUGUUAAUGGUUGGGGCGAGGAGAAGACCGAGGAGAAAGCUGAGAAGAAGAAUGAUGCUUUGGAAGGUCAGUGGUGA